CCAUUCUUCAAGUUCGAAGGCGUCCCCAAAGGCAACGAGACGUUUGACCGCAUUUGGUGGCCAUUCUGUGGCGGUGCGGCCGGUCUAGCGAUCGGCGCCACAUCCACGUGGUUCGCAAGAAGACCCUUCUGGUCAUCGGUGUUGCCGACAGCGGCGGUCACACUCAUAGGCAUGGGUUUGGGUCUCUAUUCCGGACACAACACCAGACGCAGGGCUCGCGAGAGGGACGCCGUUCUCAUCCAUUAUAUGCUUCUUCACGAAAAGGAAUUCCCACUCAUAGAACGCCAAAGAUUUGGUCAAAUAGUAAAGCCUUGGAUUCCGUUUCGCGUCGGAAACGAUGGUAUCUUUGUUGACAAAUGAGUAGUCAUUCUAGUGAUCAAAGUCUUCAUAAUUAGAUUAAAAGUAGAUUUGCGUAGAGAUUAUUGAAUUCAGAUUAUUAGUGUAAAUAUUAACUGUAAUACUGUAUGAAAGCCUAAUAAAUGCUACGAUUAAAUCAGUUAUUUGCCAUUUG